AUGUGGUACAAUGAAUGGAAAAGUCGUUUUCCUGUUGAAAUUUCUUCAUUGAUUGUUAUACAAGAACAGUUAAAGCGUGCGCUGGUUGCAAUGAAGCAUGCUCAACAGGGUGUUCAUCUUACGAAAGAAGUGCAGCCACCGUUACCACCUUCGGAACCGGUUCCCGGUAUGUACAAUCCUGCGCCGAGAAUACAACCUCCACCUCCCCAUCUCUCUUUUAAGGAUCUGGUGGAAUUGAGGGCACGUGAAGCAGGUAUCCUGUAUGUACCUCAGCUGAAUAAGUUCCGAGAGGGGAAGCCUGUUUACUGGUUCGGCAAUGUAUCAAUCUACAUCGAUCGAAACGUAAUAUUUGGUUUCAACAUCGAGACACAGCAAUGGUCACCAAUCGGAUUAGAUCACUUAUUAAGUAUAUGCUGA